AGCAGAUUGAGGGCCAGAUCACGAGUAUCUGGGUAGCUAAAUACGGUCCGCACGGCCAAAACUGGGAUCUGAUAACCUGCUCCGUCGCAUCACCCAAGGAUCCAGGUAAUAUCUGGACAAGAGCGACGCACCCAGCGAAAUGGAAACUUUCACCAACAACACUCUCACAUCGCAGAGCAUAUCCACCGCGCCCACGUCGGUCGUAUUCAAGCCUGCCACUCAUCCGGCGGAGUCAUUUGAGAGAGGCAGUCCUUCAGGCCACAGGAAGUCGGCAGAUAAACGGACGGCCCCAGAGAAGCUGCUUCAGGGCGCGUGCAAUCAACAGUACAAGAAAUGUGCUGAGCUGCUUCAGUCCUCCAUUCCCAAAGAAGUCGACAUCAGCGAUAUCAUCCCACAGCGCAACGGCCUCGUCCACACCUUGCUCGAGGCAUACAACAACCACCGCGCGCUCGUACUCCGUCCGGACGACGUGUGGCUCGCCAUCGUGACCCAAUUCUCGUUCUUUGUGAACGCACAUGCGGAAGAGCUUCGUUCGCUCUUUGUUGCGCACGAGGGGAAGAUGGAGCUCAAGGUAACAGCAAUAGGUACACGUUACACGGUCGACUUCGGGAGCAUGGCCAGACAGAUGGCGGAUCUUCUCGAGAUAAACUUGACAGAUGCGGAGUUGCGCAAGUGGGCGACGCCGACAUUCAGCACGACAACCAUUACGGACAGUACGAUCUAUGCGAUCGCACUCAUGGCAACAACGAAGAAGUACUUCGACUUCACUUUUGCGCUCAGAUGUGGCAUUCCCCGCGUGACGCUGGAUGGAGCGCGCGAGGACUGGGUGGUUAUAUUGCAGAGGAUAGAGAAACUGAAGGAGUACGGGUUCGAGACGACAGCGUGGUGCCACUUGCUCCGACCCGUGCUGUCGCGCUUCGUGAACGCGUUCGACGAUCCCACCGGAAAGGAGAACAUCGAUUUCUGGGGGAAGAUUGCCCAUAUCCACAGCGGCGGGAGCGGUCCCUCGUACCUCAUGGGCUGGGUUACUGCGUUCUGCGUAUUCGAUGCUGACGGGAAAUGGAAGGGUCCACAUCUGCUGAACCUCCCUCCCUCAGGCUCCCCGUCGACAGAGUACGCCAAGCUCAGUGGAGAAACCUUCGCCAAAGAUCACUUCGCGCCUCAGCGUGGACCCAGGGGCGCCCCGUACCUUACUCUCGACGGUGUCUCCUACCCACGCGUCGAAACUGGGGAAAUCCCAGUGGGAACGGCUGAAGUAGACGUCAAGCUCGACGAUAACGGCGAGAUAUUCAAGACCCUACUCGUAGCGGGGAGCAUGGGAAGUGCAAUUUGUUCGAGUAACGACAAAUAUUUGUCUCAGUCUGGACAGAGAGACACUGUGAGACCGGUUCCCGGGUGGUGGAUGUUUAUCAAGAAAGAGGGUGAGGGCUCGGAGGAGUGA